AUGGCGAACGAUCUAGGAGUGUUAUACAAUAAAAUAACUAUACCUUUUACAGUUCAUCGGCGCUACUUCCUCCCACGUUCUUGUGAUCGUGUUGAACUUCCUACAAGAGUUGAAAUACUCCAGCCCAUCAAAACCUCCAAUUAUGUAGAUGUACUGAUUUAUGACGAUCGUGCCAUGGUACGCUCUCGGCCCUUGAGUGUCUUCUUCGAAUAUCCUCGUCCAUCGGUCGGACUUUGUGUCGUAUGUUUCGAUAAUCGCAGUCGGACUGCCACCACUCCAUCCGCCAAUGGCGAAUAG